AUGUAUCACAGCUGCGGAUUCUGUGGCAAGGAUUUCACUUCAAGGGAAAGUGUCUCGAAGCAUAUAGCUAUCCGCCCUGAAUGUCUAAGAAAAUGGGAAUUACUGGUUGAAGAUACAGACAAUGAGGGUGACCUACCAGUGGACUUCUCUAACGACAAUUCAUUUUCCCCGCUUCGCCGCUCGCGCUCUAAGUCUUUCGAACCUAAUGACGGCGAGCCAGCAGCAUCAAAAAGUCGGCGGGUGACUGUUGAGGACAUUGCUGAUGAAGACUUGGACAAUGUGAUAGAAAAUAGCGGGCGAUAUUUCGAGCAGUGCCGUGAUGCUGGCUGGACAUUGCGGGAGGGGCAAACUGGUUUUGAAAGGUAUCAGCGGCAUAAGGAGGAUGAAAAUGAAGACGAGUGGGCACCGUUUUGUGAUGAGGAAGAAUGGGGACUCGCUGAAUGGCUUGUUAAAAGCCUCGGGCAGACUCGAACAGAUGAGUUUCUGAAGCUACCAAUAACGCAAAACCGAACACAGCCGUCGUUUCACAACAAUCGAUCCUUCAUGCAGAAAGUUGAUAGCCUUCCACAUGGACCUGCCUGGAGUUGCGAGAAGGUUAGCAUUGAGGGAAAUCGAACAGAUGAGGCUGGCCAGUUGCUGCGUGAGGAUGUUGAGCUUUGGAUGCGUGACCCUGUGGAGUGCGUUAAAGAUCUCAUCGGAAAUCCUUUAUUCAAGAACCAUAUGGUAUACGCACCUACACGUGCAUACAAGGACCGUGAAGGACUUCACCGAGUAAUCGAUGAUAUGUGGACUGCGGAUUGGUGGAGUGACAAGCAAAAACUGUUGCCAGAAGGAGCAACCAUCGCACCUGUCAUUCUUGCGUCAGACAAGACAUGUCUGUCGCAAUUCCGAGGUGAUAAAUCAGCGUGGCCUGUAUACCUCUCGAUCGGCAACAUCGCGAAAGAAAAAAGGAGGCAAACGUCAGCACGAGCAACAGUCUUAAUUGGAUACUUGCCUGCAGUAAAACUUGAUUGCUUCACAUCGGAUGCACGCUCCCUUGCACAUUACCGACUGUUCCACCAUUGCAUGUCCCUCCUCCUUCAACCGCUCAUCACUGCAGGACGAGAUGGUCUUGACAUGGUCUGUGCCGACUCAAUGGUACGCCGAGUAUACCCGAUCCUCGCUGCUUAUGUGGCGGAUUUUCCGGAACAAUGUCUCAUGUCAUGCUGCAAAGAAAAUCGCUGUCCCAAGUGUCUGGUUGGAGCCAAUGAAAGAGGUGAUCCACUGAGUUCCCUGAUGCGGGACCCUCAGUUUAUCAAAGAGGUCCUAGAUAGGCGGAAAAACGGUCAACAUCCAGCUGAAUUUGACGACUAUGGACUGCGGGCCGUCUAUAAUCCUUUCUGGGCCAAUCUCCCACACACAGACAUUUUUCUCUCCUUUACGCCUGACCUCCUACAUCAACUCCACAAGGGCGUCUUCAAAGAUCACUUGGUUAAGUGGUGUCUUGAUAUUAUCGGCGAUGCUGAAAUGGAUUCACGCUUCAAAACAAUACCGAAUUAUCCUGGUCUUCGCCAUUUCAAAAAAGGAAUAUCUGCAGUGAAACAAUGGACUGGCGCAGAACACAAACAAAUGCAGCGCGUUUUCAUAGGGUUACUUGCUGGUGCGGUCCCAGGUCAAGUGUUAGUCGUUGCGCGAGCAAUUCUGGAUUUUUCCUAUUAUGCACAACUCCGAAUGCACACAACUGACACCCUUGAUCGUCUGCAGGGCGCCCUUGCCGUAUUUCACGCCAACAAGAAUAUCCUACACGAACUUGAAGUUCGUGAGCAUUUCAACAUCCCUAAACUACACCAGCUCUCGCACUACAUCCAGUCAAUAUCAUUGUUCGGUACCACAGAUGGUUUCAACACCGAGCUCCCCGAACGACUCCAUAUCAAUUUCGCUAAAGAAGCUUAUCGUGCUAGCAACAAGCGUGAUUACGAAGAACAGAUGGCCCUCUGGCUUCAACGCCAGGAAGCGAUUUUUAUGCGCAGUUCCUAUCUUGAUUGGCUUUCAGUACAGUCUCAUGACAAUUCAGACUUAGAUUCUGAGAUGGAGGAGAUGCAAUUCGAGCCUCACACCAGCAGUACCGCCCUCGCCAAAUCAACUUUAAUGCCUCCCGUCGUUGAGCAACAUGUAGUCCGUGUCCUCGCAAAAACUCCUCCGCACCCUCGACGGUCCGUUCAGCAGCUCAUCACAGCACACGGCGCUGUCUCAUUUCUUCCAGCCCUCAAACUCUUCCUACACAAGCAUAUGCCACACACUAGCAUCGUCCCUGGUCCGCAGGAUCACUUCGACGUUUUUCGACAAGUUGUAAUUGUUGCUCCGCCGGAUCCAUGGGUAGACGAAUCACCGCAGCGGUGGCGCAUCAGAGCGUCACCUGAAAUACCUCCUGGUCCAGGCCGCAAGCCUGGAUCCCCUGCCAGAUUUGAUAUGGCCCUGACGAGCGAAGGUGUUCAGACCAUGAAUGUGCGCACGUUAGACAAUGUGCGAGUAGCACAAGUCCGUGUCAUAUUCACUUUGCCCCGUCAAUUUGCAUACUCUCGAGCAUUAGCAUAUGUCGAGUGGUUCACGCCAUUUAGGGAGCUGGACCCCUUCUCUGGCCUGCCUCAGGUGUCUCAUUCGACUCGCCGACUGCAUCGCAACGCAGCCGUGAUACAUGUUGACGAAAUUCUUCGUCCGUGUCACUUAAUACCAAAGAUGGGACAUUCUGUUCACCCCGGAUGGACAAGUGCGAAUGUCUACGAGUUGGCAAGCGAUUUCUACUUGAAUACAUUCAUUGACCUCAAUACUUUUUGUAUUUCCGCUACAAUUGCUUAGAAUUAGAAUUACUACUGCAUGCUCCAAAACACUACAAUGUGCUACAGUAGCUACAGUAGCUACAGUUUCUAUGGGCUAAUCCCGGCACCUCCCGCAGCUCUACAUAGCCCUG